AUGGCGGUAGAGACCAGCCGCCAUGUUCAAAUGGUCAUUGAUGUACGGUCUAUAGACCUAUUAUCCAGGGGAAAUUGGCUAUACCCAUCAAAAAUCCAGAGUAAUAAUCGCAUCACCGCAGCUGACUUCACAGGUAAGAAAUGGGAAAUACUAUCCCUAUUCGCGAACGAUAAGUCCAAUAUUAGCUACUGGCAGUCUGAAAAGCUCAGCAUUCAAACUAGACGAUUAAGCUCCUUGCAGGCUGACCUAUGUUUGCAGAUAACUGUACCUGACCAAGCCAUAGCAGUCAUUGAUUUGGAAAAGGUGCGCGAGAACGUACACCUGGUGUUAUGGACUGACUGUAGGUACUGCCCUGGUAUCUUGGGAACAGAAACAUCUGUAUCCGUAGGCUCGCUCUUUGGCUCAGUCAUUAUGAUAGUAUCUUUUAGCAAUGGGGCCAACUCUCCCAUUCUCUUCGAAGUUGUUGUCAGAAGGGCAUUGACCUGGAAGAGUGUUCCUAAACACUCCCCUGACAUCAAAAUGGCUGGAGUUCUCCCCCUGGAGUCCCGCAAACACUUCCUCAGUUGCAUUAGAAAAGUGCAGACACUCCUGUGGCUGAGAAUGUACUCGAUAUCACCGUUGGUGUGGUAG